CGCAAUCUCUCUGCAGUGACCUCCGCCGGCGAGGAUCUCCCUGAUGCCAAGCUCCCCUGCCUCGACGUCUACAACGCACGGUUUUUUUGAAUUUGAAGAAAAGGGCUCCCAGAUUCAGUCAAUCCAAAAAACCGGAGCCAGCCUCCUCCAAAUCGUUCGCAUGCGACUCCGAAAAAAUCCAAGAGGUUCGUUCGCUGCUUUGAAUGGCUUCUCGCUAGCUACUUCUAACAGGACCAACUGCAUUCCCGGAAGAGAUCUGCUGGCGGUGGAAGGAGAUUCAGCAGGCCAAGGAUUUCAAUCUCCAACCCCCUCGAUCUAUUUGUGAAAUUCGUCAAGGAGGUCUUCUUCCCCAGUGGCGGCCUCCGAUUCCUUCCGUAUUCGGUUUUCCCGAUCGAGUACCAAGUGAGCAAAAUCUUCCUCUUUCUACGGUUUAAAAUCAAAUUCUUGCAUAUCUUGUGGAUUUAGGGUGAUUUAGGGUGGUGCUAGGGUUCGAUACCAAAAUUGGGGGUUUUUCAAUUUUGGUGGAAUUCGACCUUUCUCCUUUCUCCUUCCACUUGGAACUGCGGAUAAGCAGAUAGGCUUUUUUAGCUCUUAGCAAUCGUUAAUCCAUGAGGGAAUCAGACUCUGGGUUUUCUACAUUUCAAUUGCAAAUUGUAGAAUUAGAACACACCUCUCGUUUAAUCUUGCCUAAUGAAGGUGAUUAAGAAAAACGGAAGCCCGACUUCACCUAAGCCUCCAGCUAUUUUAAAUUGCUUUUGAUACUUCCAUUUGGUGAUUGGAUUCAUCAACUAACCCCGUCUUCUCUUGAUUUACUUUGUUUUCUGUUUUCCCCUUGCUCUGCAGUGGCGAAGCAGCUCAGUGCAUGCUAGAAGUAGUGGAUUAUGAGAUUGCUGAUAUUAUUGAGCAUGAAAAAGCUCGUCAAUGGAAGCACAAGGUGUAUGCGCAAGAACCACAGAUGCAUUGGGACAACCGGCAGCAGCCUCCAUCGGGGCAGUCAUUGCAAUCGCUAUCUGUCGAGCAAAGUGGCUCGUCCCCACAGAAACUGUCAUUGAUCUCGUCAUUAUUAUGAUCAGAAGGAAGGGCGCCGGCGCCGUAGUAUGAGCCGCUCCGGUAGGUGGUGGUCGCCGUCGUAGCUCCAUGAGAGUACUUGACGACGGUGACGUUGAAACCAGCAGCGGCUGUUGGCGACGACGUCGUACCUGUAUAUACAUAUACAUAGACAGCGAGUAGGUACGUGGAGAGAAAGAUUGAAGAACUUAUAUAAAGUAGUAAUUAAAGGGAAGCUUAAUU